AUGCCACCUUCUCAACCUAAUGGCACGUCGACAGUCGAUGCAGAUGCUUACUUUCAUGAAAACCCGCCUCCCAAGGCACUACCAAAGCACGAAGCAUUGGCUCGAGAGUUCAUUCAGUAUCACCUGGAGAACUCGCGGGAUCGAAGACUCGUGCUUGUGACGUCCGGGGGAACCACCGUACCUCUCGAGAAUCAGACAGUGCGUUUUAUAGACAACUUCUCGGCAGGCACGCGUGGUGCUACAUCAGCCGAAUACUUCCUCCAGCAAGAAUAUGCUGUCAUUUUCUUACAUCGACAGUACAGUCUUCUGCCCUACUCUCGACACUACAGCCACAGCACCAAUUGCUUCCUUGACUUCAUGGACGAGUCGGAUGACGGGCGUGUUGUUGUUCGUAAGGAAUACCAGGACAAGAUGCGACGGGUUUUGCAGCAGUAUCAUCAUGCAAAAGAUAACCGGCUCCUGUUACUGCUUCCUUUUACGACGGUUACAGACUAUCUUUUUGAGUUGCGCAUGCUUGCUUUUCUCAUGCAACCGCUGGGCAACCGCGCGAUGUUCUACCUGGCGGCUGCUGUAUCUGACUUUUUCAUCCCACGGGAGCGGAUGGAAGAACACAAGAUCCAAUCCCGCGACGAUAAUGCCGGAGGCCAAGGUUCAGGAAGCAGUCGCCAGCUGGUCAUCAAUCUCGACCCCGUACCGAAAUUCCUCAGCACCUUAGUGCAGUCCUGGGCUCCUAAAGGCAGCAUGAUCGUGAGCUUCAAGCUCGAGACCAAUCCCAGUCUACUUGUUUCCAAGUCGGAACAGGCGUUGAAGAGAUACGGCCAUGACCUGGUUAUCGGCAAUCUACUGACGACACGUAAAUGGGAGGUCGUCUUCAUCACGCCGGAUGGUGAAGAAAGGUGGAUCCGAGUACCCAAAUCACGACGGUCAAAAAGCAUCUCAGGGGUGGAGGAGCUGGUGGGCAAAGCAGAACGCAAACAUGGUCCCGAGCCUGCCGAUUUGGAAGGUGGCACGGUGACAGAAGGCAUGGAGAUAGAGAGUCUGAUCAUACCAGAGCUAGCGGAAAUGCAUACCAAGAGGAUUGAGCAGCAAUCCUAG